GUUCAUCAUAUUUUUCCCCCUCGAAAACGCCUUUCGAUUAUAUAAGGCCAUUAAGAGAACACUGGUAUCAUGGCGCCGCUAUCUCGAGAUUCUCAACUCACUCCGAGAGCCCGACGCCGAGGGGAACUUCCCGGAGCCAUUAACUCUGAGACAGAUAUGCAUACGGCAAGGGACAUCCGUCGAGCAUCAUCCAUUCGACGCGAUUCCCAACGGGGUAAAGGAAGAAGCAGUAGGGUUGGGGUUGGGAGCGGUAGAACAAGCCAGUUACCACUAAGCACGAGCGCUGCCGCACUUGGACGCACUCGUCAAGCAACAGAAUCUCCGUGGAAUACUCAGCAACCAGUUAUUUCGUCGCCAGUUAAUACAGGUUCCCAAAACCAUCCCUCUGGAUCUACAUCAUCUCGAAAGUUGUCGGCAGGCUUUACGACUAAUGGGCCACCGUCUAGUCAACCAACUACGGGUUAUACGGCUGUAACUGCGUCUACAGUCCCUCAGACUUCUAUUAGCAAUCACCCAGGUCCAUUGACCAGUCACCCUACUACCGCAUAUUCGUCUAUGACCGCAUCUGGUUCGCGAGGUAGUUUCGACAGAUACGCACCAGGACCCCUGAGACAAUCGCAGACAACUGGUAAUCUACCUACCCCAUCAACUUACACACGCCAGAAAGGCGGGCUACAAACAUCAAGAACACUUCUCUCAGUACCUGAGUCGUCCGGAGCAACCACUUCUUCUGUUGCCGCAACUACGGCUGGGGUCAUUCCACGUUUCGGGGCAGAAAACAUCAACCCUUAUCAGUCAGAAGUCGACCUUGGAACAAGACAUAGGGAUAGCCUGGAAAUAUCUAGUAUUAAGAAGAUACCCAAACGCACGCCGCCCAACGGAAAGCGAAAGGUGAUUUCUGACAUAUCCAACGAUAUCGAACCCAUCCCGGAGUUGCCAGGGCAAAUACUGCAAACUGUAAAGCAGAAGAAUGCAGAGCAGACUGCAGAGCAUACUACAGAGCAGACUACGAAGCACACUACGGAGCAGACUGCAGAACAGAAGGUUCCUACUGCAGACAAACAAAAACAACCCGACUUGCAGCAACCUCCUUUACAACAACAACCUCAACCUCAAAAGCAGCACCUGCCAAAACAAACCUUCCCAAGUGUAGAUUGCAUUAAUUCCAUCGAUUUAGCUCGCAUUCAUCCAUCACGUCCACAACUACCUCCCAUGCCGAUGCCAAAUUCCAAGCCCAAGAAGCAGAGCGGCAUUCCCAAGUCACGCACUUUUGGCGCGCUUUCCAACCUGACAUCUUCAUUAUCGCUCGCAUCGCUAACCAGCAACAAGAACAACAACAAAAUCAACAGCAACAAAAGCAAUAAUAAUAAUAGCAGUCGUAGCGAUUUACGCCGUCAAAUAGGAUCGCCCAUGCCCAUAAUGGCUCCUCCUCCUAAUACCUUGGACGGCAACGCGUCUCCGGCCGAAGGCGACAGCAGCUCUCCAGGCGCAAUUAAGACUCCCAACCAAGCUUCCACGCCUGCACCCGCCCUCGCGACCAAACCCAUCCAGCGCAACCCUCGCAUGGUCUACAACGCCGAGCCCCAAGCGUACUGGACCGGCCGCUUCGUCGCCAUGCAAGACCAGCUGCGCAACGAGCAUCUAAAGGGACGAAAUCUAGAAAUCAUCACGGCCGCCACAUUGGCACAGCAGCAGCAAUCCCAAGCCCCCGCGCCGAAGCCCCAACCCACACCUCUGCCUACACCUACGCCCACGUCCGACGCCGCGCUCCCGACCUCCUACAGCAUGGCCUGCAUGCCCGGCGUAACUCCCCAACUGCUUUCGGGAGAGAUGGUCGCCAUCGUCCAGGCCGCGUCGGAAAUGACCGACGAAGACAACCGCGUCCGCCGCGUAUUCCGCAACUUGGAGGCGCAAUGCGCGAACCGCUCUGCCCUCGACAGCAUGCACGAGUUCCAACAGGACUACGCGCGUCUCGUCGGCAAGAAGGGUCUGCUCCCUCCCGGCUCGUCCUGGGACGACAACAAGGACCAGGACAAGGACAAGGACAAGAAGGGCUGGGUCGGCCGCAUCUUCAGCGGUAGCAGCAGCGGCGGCGGCAAGAAGAAGGGUAAUGGAAAUGGAUCGCAGUAG